UUACUGCGUUUGUCAAAGCACAGACUUCCUGUUUUGCCUGCUGGCAUCUCCCUGUAACUCUUCCAAUCUUCCAGGAGUGAUCCCUGUCCCAGCCCCUGGAAAGGGGCAGGAACGACAAACUCGAAGUCCAGGAUGUUCACCAUGACAAGAGCCAUGGAAGAGGCUCUUUUUCAGCACUUCAUGCACCAGAAGCUGGGGAUCGCCUAUGCCAUACACAAGCCAUUUCCCUUCUUUGAAAGCCUCCUAGACAACUCCAUCAUCACUAACAGAAUGUACAUGGAAUCUCUGGAAGCCUGUAGAAAUUUGGUCCCUGUAUCCAGAGUCGUGCACAACAUUCUCACGCAACUGGAGAGGACUUUUAACCUGUCUCUUCUGGUGACAUUGUUCAGUCAAAUUAACCUGCGUGAAUAUCCCAAUCUGGUGACGAUUUACAGAAGCUUCAAACGUGUUGGUGCUUCCUAUGAAUGGCAGAGCAGAGACACACCAAUCCUACUUGAAGCCCCAGCUGGCUUAGCAGAAGGAAGCUCCCUCCAUACCCCACUGGCGCUGCCCCCACCACAACCCCCUCAACCAAGCUGUUCACCCUGUGCGCCAAGAGUCAGUGAGCCUGGAACAUCCUCGCAGCAAAGUGAUGAGAUCCUGAGUGAGUCGCCCAGCCCAUCUGACCCUGUCCUGCCUCUCCCUGGACUCAACCAGGAAGGAAGAAGCACUUCAGUGACCAAUGACAAGUUAACAUCCAAAAUGAAUGAGGAAGAAGACUCAGAAGAGAUGCCGAGCCUCCUCACUAGCACUGUGCAAGUGGCCAGUGACAACCUGAUCCCCCAACUAAAAGAUAAAGACCCUCAAGAGAUGCCCCACUCUCCCUUGGGCUCUAUGCCAGCUAAUCUUGAGAUAAGAGAUAAUUCUCCAGAACCAAAUGAUGCAGAAGAGCCCCAGGAGGUGUCCAGCACACCUCCAAACAAGAAAGGAAAGAAAAGAAAAAGAUGUAUCUGGUCAACUCCAAAAAAGAGACCUAAGAAAAAAAGCCUCCCAAGAGGGACAGCCUCACCUAGACAUGGAAUCCAAAAGAAGCUCAAAAGGGUGGAUCAGGUUCCUCAAAAGAAAGACGACUCAACUUGGAACUCCACGGUAGUGACAAGGGCCCAAAAGGCGAGAACUGAAUGCGCCCGAACGUCCAGAUCAGAGGAGAUCAUUGAUGGCACUUCAGAAAUGAAUGAAGGAAAGAGGUCCCAGAAGACGCCUAGCACACCACGAAGGGUCACACAAGGGGCAACCUCACCUGGGCAUGGCAUCCAAGAGGAGCUCCGAGUGGUGGAUAAGGUGACUCAAAGGAAAGACGACUCAACCUGGAACUCAAAGGUCAUGAUGAGAGUCCAAAAGGCAAGAACUGAAUGUGCCCGAAAGUCCGGAUCGAAAGAAAAGAAAAAGCAGAAAGAUAUCUGUUCAAGUUCAAAAAGGAAAUUUCAGAAAAAUAUUCACUGAAGAAGAAAACCCAAAAGUGACACUGUGGAUUUUCACUGUUCUAAGCUCCCUGUGACCUGUGGUGAGGCGAAAGGGAUUUUAUAUAAGAAGAAAAUGAAACACGGAUCCUUAAUGAAGUGCAUUCAGAAUGAAGAUGGAACUUGGUUAACACCAAAUGAAUUUGAAAUUGAAGGAAAAGGAAGAAACGCAAAGAACUGGAAACGGAAUAUACGUUGUGGAGGAACGACCCUAGGAGAGCUGCUGAAGAAUGGACUUGUGCUCUGUCCUCCAAGAAUAAAUCUCAAGAGAGAGGUAAAUAGCAAGUGAAUUUCUACUACCCUCUCAGUCACCAUGUUGCAGACUUUCCCUGUCUGGAGGCUCACCUUAGAGCUUCUGAGUUUCCCAGCUCUGAGUCACCUCCACAUUUGGGCAUGGCAUCUUCAAAACAAUUAAUUUUCGUAGUUAAUUUGGGAUGGGGAAGCAAAUGACUCUAAAAUAAAAAUUAAAUGAAAAAGCU